ACCCUGCGUCAACUCCGCGCGCCGGGCCGGCGGCUCUGGGGGCAGAUGGCGGCGGCGGCGGCGGCGGCGGAGGGGUGCGGCGACCCCGGGCCUGCGCAGGAGCUGCUGGUGGCCUGGAAUACCGUGAGCACCGGGCUAGUGCCGCCGGCCGCGCUAGGACUGGCGUCCUCCCGGACCAGCGGUGCGGUCCCGCCGAAGGAGGAGGAGCUGCGGGCGGCGGUGGAAGUUCUGAGGGGCCACGGUCUGCACUCAGUCCUGGAGGAGUGGUUCGUAGAGGUGCUGCAGAACGAUCUACAGGCCAACAUCUCCCUCGAGUUCUGGAAUACCAUCUCCCAGCGCGAGAACUGUGCGGACGAGCCUCAGUGCCUUCUGCUGCUCCUUGACGCUUUCGGCCUGCUGGAGAGCCGUCUGGAUCCCUACCUGCAUAGCCUAGAGCUCCUGGAGAAAUGGACUCGCCUGGGCUUGCUGAUGGGCACCGGCGCUCAGGGGCUUCGGGAAAAAGUCCACACCACGUUGCGGGGCGUCCUGUUCUUUUCCACUCCCAGAACCUUUCAGGAGAUGAUCCAGCGCCUCUAUGGGCGCUUCUUGAGAGUCUAUAUGCAGAGUAAGAGAAAGGGAGAAGGGGGCACAGACCCGGAACUGGAGGGGGAAUUGGACAGCAGGUAUGCCCGACGCCGGUACUACCGGCUUCUGCAGAGCCCGCUGUGUGCGGGAUGUGGCAGUGACAAGCAGCAAUGCUGGUGCCGCCAGGCGCUGGAGCAGUUCCAUCAGCUGAGCCAGGUCCUACACAGGCUCAGUCUGCUGGAGCGGGUCAGUGCUGAGGCCGUGACCACCACCUUGCACCAGGUGACGCGGGAGCGGAUGGAGGACCGCUGCCGGGGCGAGUACGAACGCUCCUUCCUGCGUGAGUUCCACAAGUGGAUCGAGAGGGUGGUUGGCUGGCUGGGCAAGGUGUUCCUGCAGGACAGCCCCGCCAGGCCUGCGUCCCCUGAGGCCGGCAACACGCUGCGCCGCUGGCGCUGCCACGUGCAGAGGUUCUUCUACCGCGUCUAUGCCAGCCUCCGCAUCGAGGAGCUCUUCAGCAUCAUCCGAGACUUCCCGGACUCUCGGCCAGCUGUCGAGGACCUCAAGUACUGCCUGGAAAGAACUGACCAGAGGCAGCAGCUGCUCGUGUCCCUCAAGGCCGCCCUGGAGACGCGUCUCCUCCACCCAGGUGUCAACACGUGUGACAUCAUCACUCUCUACAUCUCCGCCAUCAAGGCACUCCGGGUGCUGGACCCCUCCAUGGUCGUCCUGGAGGUGGCAUGUGAGCCCAUCCGCCGCUACCUGAGGACGCGGGAGGACACAGUGCGACAGAUCGUGGCUGGGCUGACAGGGGACUCGGAUGGGACAGGAGACUUGGCUGUUGAGCUGUCCAAGACAGACCCGGCAAGCCUGGAGACUGGCCAGGACAGUGAGGACGACUCCGGCGAGCCCGAGGACUGGGUCCCCGACCCUGUGGAUGCUGACCCAGGGAAGUCCAGCUCCAAGCGGCGCUCCUCGGACAUAAUCAGCCUGCUGGUUAGCAUCUACGGCAGCAAGGACCUCUUCAUCAACGAGUAUCGCUCACUGCUGGCUGACCGCCUCCUGCACCAGUUCAGCUUCAGCCCUGAGCGGGAGAUCCGCAACGUGGAGCUGCUGAAGCUGCGCUUUGGCGAGGCCCCGAUGCACUUCUGUGAGGUCAUGCUGAAGGACAUGGCAGACUCCCGCCGAAUCAAUGCCAACAUCCGUGAGGAGGAUGAGAAGCGGCCCGUGGAGGAGCAGCCGCCAUUUGGCGUCUACGCUGUCAUCCUGUCCAGCGAGUUCUGGCCGCCCUUCAAGGACGAGAAACUAGAGGUCCCUGAGGACAUCAGGGAGGCCCUGGAGGUCUACUGCAAGAAGUAUGAGAAGCUGAAGGCCAUGCGGACCCUCAGCUGGAAGCACACCCUGGGCCUAGUGACCAUGGAUGUGGAGCUGGCCGACCGCACCCUGUCUGUGGCAGUGACCCCUGUGCAGGCGGUGGUCUUGCUGUACUUCCAGGACCAAGCCAGCUGGACGCUGGAGGAGCUGAGCAAGGUGGUGAAGAUGCCCGUGGCGCUGCUGCGGCGGCGGAUGUCAGUGUGGCUGCAGCAAGGUGUGCUGCGGGAGGAGCCUGCUGGCACCUUCUCUGUGGUCGAAGAGGAGCGGCCCCAGGACCGAGACAACAUGGUGCUCAUUGACAGCGAUGACGAGAGCGACUCGGGCAUGGCCUCCCAGGCUGACCAGAAGGAGGAGGAGCUGCUGCUCUUCUGGACGUACAUCCAGGCCAUGCUGACCAACCUGGAGAGCCUCUCGCUGGAGCGCAUCUACAGCAUGCUCCGCAUGUUUGUGGUGACUGGGCCAGCGCUGGCUGAGAUUGACCUGCAGGAGCUCCAGGGCUUCCUGCAGAAAAAGGUGCGCGACCAGCAGCUCAUCUACUCGGCCGGCGUCUACCGCCUGCCCAAGAACUGCAGCUGACCUGCCAGGCCCUUCCCACACCAUCCCCGCCUCAUCCCCACCUCGGCGUGUCCUGCUCAGCCCACCCGCCCCUCACCCAGUGCCCCCCAUGCUCCUGCCCAGCUCCCACACGCCCCUGCCCAGCCCCGAGACUGCAGAGUAAAGCAGAUGGUUCUUCAUCCUUUCCCUGUCCUGGUGGCUUUGUGGGCCCCUCAGGGACAGGUGAUCCAGGGUCUCCCUCCAGAUGAGCCUCCCUGUCACCUGGCAGGGCCUCCCUCCUUGGGAGCAGAUGAGGGAAGCUGCCCGAGGAGCCAGCCCAGCCCUGGCCUGCACACCUGUCUUUGGGCUCCAAACCUGAAGGAGUCCUGGCACGUGGGUGACUCUGGGCUGCACCAGCCAGGGUAGGGCCUCAGAUCUGAGGCCUGAGGCUCAGGCAGACGUGCACCAGGGCUUGGCUUCCCUCGAACCACCCCUGGGGCCUCCAGCUGCAGCCUCACUCCUCUGGCCUUUGAAAGGAACCUUUAGGGUCACCCUCCCUCUACCCAACCUGAGGGUCUGGCCCCGAGGUGCUGAGCGGAGAGCCCCAGGGCUGCUGCUGGGACGUGCGGGCUUGGUAAGAGGGGCUUGGUAAGAGGCUAGCGUUGGCUGAGCUUCCCCUGCUAAGGCAAGAACUUCCCGCAUCUGCAGCAGGAGCGGCUGACCGGGACGCACGCUGGGGCAGAAGGACUGUCCCACACUAGGGCUGGGCUGCUGCAGUGCUCGGGGCUCACAGUGAAGUGUGCUUUCAGAAAGCCGCCAGACGUGUGGCCUCAGUGCUCGUGUCCUGAGAUGAAGGGCCCCACGAGCCCAGCCUUCCCCAGCGCAGGGGCGCAGGGCUGGUGUGUCCAGAACACAGGGUCCUGUCCAAGGCCCAUUUGGGGACCCAGCACUGUCCAGGCUCAGGAGGCAGCGGAAGGUUGGCUCCACCCAGGCCUUCAGAGUUGCCCUGGGCGCCACAGCCUCCGUUGCUGAGAACUUGCUGGUCUGACAGGACCUGCUCUUCUGGUGGUGCUGUCCUCACAGGCAACAAAGGCCCUUUGGAACCUGCAUCCCCACUGUUCCACUCUCGCCCAGGAGCGGGUCAUUCCUAGGCCCCAGACAGCUCCUGAAUCCCCACCAGGCUGCCUCCCAGUGCUCGCCCCAAUCUCUCUGCUUUGCCCUGCUCCACAUAGGAGUCCUGAUGGCAGUCCCACUUCCAGAACUUUCUCUCCUUACUCCAGAGAAUUCUGUUUGCACAGGCCUGAAAGGAGGAAAUGGUAGGAGUUAGGCACAUUAGCCUGAGCCAUUUGAGGAGUUGGACGAGCCAGCAGCUCCCUCCCUCAGGCUUCAUGUGCCAGUCUGCUCCAGGGCUGGCUGUGCUGGGGGCACAAGAGGAGCUGCUGCCCUCCUCUUACUUCUAGUGGAGGCCCUCCCUGGCACCAGGCUGGGUGCGCCUUCGUCAUCUUAACCAGGAUGCAAACCUGCUGGACUGGCCUGGCAAGGUGGCAGCACUAGCCCCUGGGCACACCUGUUCUAUGUUCCUUUGGACUUGGUUUGCGGACGAGUGUGGUAAAACUCAGUGUGUCUUGGGUCACAACAUCACUCAAGAGGUGCAGAGGUGUGCAAGGAGCUGCUGGCUGGUCCCUGAGGGCCCCACCAGGAGGGGGGCACCUGUGCCAGCAGUCAGGGAGGUCCCUGGUGGCCAGGGGCCAGCUGGGGCCAAGCUGUGCCCUUCCCCCUGGUGCCCAGUGGGAUCAUCGUGGGACGUGGGACGCGCGUUUCCUCCUGCUUGUGGUUUGUUUGGCAGAUCCUCAGAGGAGUGGGCAGGGGCCGGGAGGAGGCUGAAGUUAACCCUGACCACGCCAG